AAAGCAGACAAAGCCCAAAUCCAGAGGAAAAUACAGGCUUGAGACAAAACAAUGAAGCAAAACUCAAACCGCGGUUGAUCCAAAGAUUGCCAGCCAAGAAGAAGCUUCGAAUCUUCCUUAAUCAUCUCCUCUCCUUCACUCUAGCCACCCUUCAAUCCAACCCAACUUUUCUUUCUCUCUUUCUUUCUGCUUCUCUAUAUUAUACUGCUCACCGUCACCUACCCUUUUGACUUUUCUCCAAACAGAUGAAAUGACCCACCAUUUUCUCCGUUUCUUCUGCUUAUUGUUUCUAUUUUUGUUUGCUGUUCUGAGUUCAGAGAGCUGGGCAAGUCCCUUUUUCAAUCCGGUUGAAGAUGACUCAGUGGACUUGGUUCGACCUACAGGAAGAUCCCUCUUGUCCCUUCCUAGAAACAGUCAGCGUGUUACUAGAAUUGGUGCUGCUUUGGAUGGGAAAAUUUCGAUGAGGGAUGAUAAUGGGAGAGUGGUUUGGAGCUUUGCGACUGGUUCACCCAUUUACACUUCAUAUCAGGCUCCAAUGAACCAAGAUAAUACUGAUAAAGAAAAUGCCUCUGAACCAAGCAGCAGGUUUUUCAUAGAUUGUGGAGAUGACUGGGACUUGUAUGCACAGGGUGAUCUUGGUAGAAUGAAACUUCCUGUCAGUAUUGAAGAAUUCAUAAAAAAUACCCCGUACAUAUCAGAAGAAGGAGGAGUUACACUUGGAUCUAAGAAAACUACUGUCUUUGUGGUUGAGGCUAAGACUGGAAGGUUGGUUCGUAUUUACAGGUCAUCUGAUUCUCCAUCCACACAGCAGAGUGACGAAGAGGAGAGUACUUCACAUAAGUAUGAUGAAGUCAAUAAGGAGUUGUUAAAGUCUGGUUUAACAAAUAAUGCUGAGCCGCGCCUUCUUUUCAUCACAAGGACAGAUUACAUGCUUGAUUCUUUCAACCCAAACUCUGAUAAAAUAUCAUGGAGAAUGACAGUUGCUGAAAUUGGAUAUGCUUUUCUUUGUCCAGAUAUUGAGGAUCCAUUUAUUACAGCCACUAUAAAUACUAGAUAUGAGCUUGGUCCAGAAAUUGGCAAUGAUUUUGAUAUGCCAUUUGCAUGUCAAUCUAAAGGCAUUGUCCAGCGAUUUCGUAAGCAUGAUAAUUUAUCUUAUGCAAUGGCUCAUCAUAAUGACUCAGUGCUACCAUUGCCAGCUCCCAAUCUAGUGCUUCCUUUCCAGCCUAAGGUUGAUGGAGCAUUGGACAAUCAUGAGAAACCUAAGAUGCUUCCAGCACCUGCUCAAGAACCCAUGCUUCCGUUGCAACCUGAAGAUGAUAAAUUAUCUAGAUAUUACAAUAUUGAUGAAAGUGAAGCAGUGCGCCGAUUAAUUCCUUUGAAGACUAAAGUUUCUGGGAAAGUUGAUGCAUAUGAUGUGAGAAUGCCUUAUAAAGGUGUGUCGAGCAUUUUUCUCGAGCACUCAGCUGCAUCCAUUACUUGUGUUCUGAUUAUUGUGGGCUUUAUGAUUUAUCGAUAUGAUCUAGUGGCUAAAGGACAACUCCUCUUUCAUGGGCAUUUCCUUAACUCUAAUUUGAGAAUUGCAGCUUUGAGAAUUGGAGCCUCAAAAAGGAAUAAAAUUCAAAAAUCAGGGAAGAUUACUGCCAGUUUUCAGAGUAAUGACCGGCACAUGUCAUCUGAAAAUGAGGAUGAAUUUGCAGAGGAUAGUAACAAACUGUUUAUGGACCUUAAUAAACUUGUUGAUGGUGCUGUUCAUGGGCGUAGAGUUGGUAAAUUAAUUGUAUCAAAUACAGAAAUAGCCAAGGGUAGCAAUGGUACUAUAGUCCUUGAGGGAAUUUAUGAAGGUCGUCCAGUUGCUGUGAAACGCCUUGUCCGAGCUCAUCAUGAUGUAGCUUUUAAAGAAAUUCAAAACCUCAUUGCAUCUGAUCGACAUCCAAACAUUGUUCGAUGGUAUGGAGUGGAGGAUGAUCAAGAUUUUGUGUAUCUUUCUCUAGAGCGUUGUACAUGCAGCUUAGCUGAUUUGAUUCAAAUUUGUUCGCACCCAUCUCAUGACUCUGGCUUCAGUGAUGAACAAGCAUCAGGGGCUAUGAUUGAAUAUAAACUCCGGUUGAAUUCAGUUAAGGGUAUGAUGCAGGGUCUUAAGUUGUGGAAAGUAAAUGGCCACCCAUCACCUUUAUUAUUAAAAUUGAUGAGGGAUAUGGUUUCUGGGCUUGUGCAUCUGCAUGAGUUGGGAAUAAUUCAUCGGGACCUGAAGCCUCAAAAUGUGCUAAUAGUCAAGGAAAGAUCUUUAUGUGCAAAGCUUUCUGAUAUGGGCAUUAGCAAGCGCCUUCUUGGGGAUAUGUCUUCCUUGGGUCAUCAUGCUACUGGUAGUGGCAGUUCUGGCUGGCAAGCACCUGAACAACUACUUCAUGGACGCCAGACUCGAGCAAUAGACUUGUUUAGUUUAGGUUGUGUCCUGUAUUUCUGCAUUACUGGUGGUAAACAUCCAUUUGGUGAUAAUCUUGAACGUGAUAUCAAUAUUACAAAAAACAAACUGGACCUGUUUUUAGUAAGGUCUAUUCCCGAAGCUGAGGAUCUUAUUUCCAGUUUGUUAAACCCCAAUCCUCAAUUGAGGCCAAGUGCAUUGGAAGUGUUGCACCAUCCUCUGUUUUGGAAUUCUGAAACAAGACUGUCAUUUCUUCGUGAUACUAGUGACCGGGUAGAAUUAGAAGACAGAGAGACUUACUCCAAUCUCUUGAGAGCACUAGAAAGCAUCGCUUCAGUGGCUUUGGGUACAAAAUGGAAUGAAAGGAUGGAACCUUUAUUCAUUGCUAAUAUUGGUUAUUACCGCCGUUAUAGGUUUGACAGUGUUCGAGACCUAUUACGAGUCAUGAGAAACAAACUGAAUCAUUAUAGAGAACUUCCCAAAGAGAUUAAGGAACUUGUAGGGCCUGUUCCAGAAGGAUUUGAUGAGUAUUUUGCAAGUCGAUUCCCUCAACUCUUCAUCGAAGUAUAUAAAGUUGUUCACAGAUACUGUAGGGAAGAGGAGUGCUUUCAGAAAUACUUCAAAAGUAACACUGCUUAGAUAUUUGGCCACAUUUUUACAAAGAUUUAUGAGCAAAAAAUUUCUGCAGUAGGCGGAGAUCGAUAUACAUCAUACUUAACGGUGUAUCUGUGCUUCACCUGGAGGAUGUAUGUAUCUGUAAUUAUGGCUGCAGUCCAAUAAUAUGUAUGAAGUCAGUUUUAAUUAAUCUAAUUAUGGCUGCAAAGUAACCCUGUAUGUUUGUUGUUCUUCCUUCACUGAAAUCAUUACAAGGCUGUUGUAUAUUUUAGUGCUACAUUCUGAACAUUGAUGUUCGAUCAAACACCUCCACUUUCAGCAAGACUGUAAUAGUUGCAUUGCCUUCUGUUGGAGUGGGAACUACUCAUUUCAGCGUC